UAUCCCAUAAUAUUGGUUGGCCAAGGAAAGAAACCAAACGAAACCAUUCACUCCUCACUGCUACUACUCUCUCAACUCACAACUAUUCUCUCUCUCAUGAAUGGUUAACAUUAACAUUUUCAUUUGCAUUUCACUUUCAUUAUUACAACCAUGCCGUCGCGUCCGCCGCCGCUCUCACCACCCGCCACCGCCGCCGCAUCUCACCGCCGCGAGAUAAUCCUAUGCGGCGCAAUCGGCGGCGCGCUCUUCCUAACGGCGUUAAUAAUCUCCGUCAUGAUUUUCAUCUACCGCAAGCUCUCGUACUCCCGAACGGCGCCGUUCGAGCACAACCAGCGGCGUUUCUCGUACACCGUUCUCCGCCGCGCCACGAACUCGUUCUCUCCCUCCACGAAGCUCGGCCACGGAGGCUUCGGUUCGGUUCACAAGGCCACACUGCCUUCCGGCCAGACCGUUGCGCUUAAAGUUAUGGACUCGCCCGGUUCGCUUCAGGGAGAGAGAGAGUUCCACAACGAGCUGACGCUGUGUUCGAAUCUCAAAUCUCCGUUUGUGAUUUCGCUUUUAGGUUUUUCUUCCGACCGGCGUGGAAAAAAGCUGGUUUUGGUUUACGAGCUUAUGCCGAACCGGAGUUUGCAGGACGCGCUUUUGGAUAGAAGGUGCCCGGAGUUGAUGAGCUGGGGGAAGAGGUUCGACGUGGCGGUUUCGGUGGCGAGGGGAUUGGAGUAUCUGCAUCAUGUCUGCGACCCGCCGGUGAUUCAUGGUGAUAUUAAGCCGAGUAAUGUGUUGUUGGAUAGGGAUUUUAGGGCCAAGAUUGGGGAUUUUGGGCUUGCUAGGGUUAAGAAUGUGGAGGAUCUGGGAAUGGUGGAUGAGAACGAGAAGAAGAAAGAUGAGGAAUUUAGUGUUUUGGAAGGGGAGAGUGUGGUGGAUGUUGACCGGUCGCCGGAGAGUUGUCCGGUGAGGGCUGCGGAGUAUUCGGAUGCUUCGCCGGUGGGGGGUGAUAAGUUGAGUGUUGUGUCUGAUGGUGGGGGGUGUUUUGAGAGUGUUGAUAGUGGGAGUGUGAGUGUGAAUAAGAAGAAGUGUGGUGGUGGUUCGGGGAGGGAUUGGUGGUGGAGGCAGGAGAGUGGGGGAGGAGGGGAAUCCGGGAGGGUGAAGGAUUAUGUGAUGGAGUGGAUCGGGAGCGAGAUAAAGAAGGAGAGGCCGAAGAGCGAAUGGGUUGAUUCGUGUUCGUCGUCUUCUCCGAAGGUGGAGAAUGAGAAUGGGAACGAGAGUGUGAGUGUGAGUGUGAAUGUGAAUGAUAAGAGUAAGAAGAAGAAGGAGAGGAAGAAGUUGGAUUGGUGGGCCUCGCUUGACGAGGAGAGGGUGAAGGGGAAGGCGAAGAAGAAGAAUAGGAAGCCAAGGGAGUGGUGGAAGGAGGAGUUUUGCGAGGAAUUGUCGAAGAAGAGUAGGAAGAAGAAGAGGGGGAUGGAGUGGUGGCAGAGGGAGGAGGAAGGGGUGGAGCAGAAGAGGAAGAGGAAGAGUAAAGGGAGUAGAGGGAGUAUUGAUUGGUGGUUGGAUGGGUUGAGUGGUGAGAUGAGGAACAAUGGGAGGAGGAAUAGCCAAGAUUGGGGGGUUAGUGGGGAUGUGCCAAAGAGUGGUGGGAUUAGCAGCACCCCUAGUAUGAGAGGGACUGUUUGUUACAUUGCUCCUGAGUAUGGUGGUGGAGGGCAAUUGUCUGAGAAGUGUGAUGUGUACAGUUUUGGGGUUCUGCUUUUGGUGCUGGUGGCCGGGAGGCGGCCGCUGCAGGUGACAGCCUCACCAAUUUCUGAGUUUGAGAGGGCCAAUUUGAUUUCCUGGGCCAGGCAGCUUGCUCACAAUGGGAGGCUUUUGGAUCUUGUUGACACUUCUAUCCAUUCCUUGGAUAAGGAGCAGGCGCUUCUCUGCAUCACCAUUGCCUUGUUGUGUCUGCAGAGGUCCCCCGGGAAGAGGCCUUCCAUCAAGGAGGUUGUGGGGAUGCUUAGUGGGGAGGCUGAGCCACCACACUUGCCGUUCGAGUUCUCACCAUCACCUCCCUCGAAUUUCCCAUUCAAGACCCGGAAGAAGGCUCGGUGAGUGUGUGUAAUAAUUAAUGGUUGUUCUUGUCAUGAUCAUUAACUUGUGAGAGUGUAUGGUUUUAGUUUUAGGUAAACUCUAAUUAUUGAUUUUCUUCAUCACCAAUUUGUAGAAACUAAUGCAGAAAAGAAAGGGUAAAAAAAAAAAAAAUAGUUUGUUACAAGCCUUGUUGCAUAAAUCCAUUUCUUCCCUUUCUGUUUUUUGUUUUCUUUCUUUCCAUCAUAUGACUGUUUAUUCUGACCUCGUUCUUGCUUUUUAAUCUGAAAGAACUUUUUGGGUGCAUGAUUCUGGCACGAAUACGUGUCUUUGCCUCUACAAAGUUGUUGAAUUUCAGGAAAUUUCGGGUCCUUUAAAGUUGAAAGAACAUUUCUUUUACUUUUGAAGCUGUUUGGCUUGGCCCCUUUAUAAAGAAUAUUUUUGUUUAGUGCC